GCCUACCCGCAGCCUGGCACAAGCCCCGGGUGCUCUCUGGGCGGGCGCCAUGGGCCGCUCCGCCGCCGCUCGGCGGGCCCGCGCGGCCGGCCUCGCGCUGCUGCCGGCGGCCUGCCAAGGCCGCUACAGCUACAUGCGGUGCGGGGACGGCGUGCGCUUGUGCGGCGUGCUGGCUCUCGAGACCGGGCUCGGGCGCGGCUACUACCACCACGCGGAGCCGACCGUGCACGGGCUGUGGCCGCAGGUCCGCCCCUACGGGGACUCGCAGUGCGUGCCGCCCAGGGAGAGCACGGUCGAGCGCCGCGUCUACCCCUGCUACCGCCAGGCGGGCGCCCGCGCCCUGUGGUUCGAGGGCCACGAGUGGUCGAGUCACGGCGUGUGCGCCGGCGCAGAGAGCGACUCGGACUUCUUCGCGCAGGUCUGCGAGUUGUCGCACGAGCCCCUCCUGCUGAUGCAGCAGGCCAGGGGCGAGGGGCUGCGGGGCAUGGAGGGGGCACUGCGCGCCGCCGGCAUGCCCAUCUACAGCGUCGAGGCGUUCACCGGCCAGAUCGAACUUUCAGCGUGCGCGGGCGCGGACGGGCGCUGGAGGCUCGCGGCACCGGCAGAUUUCGAGCGCGCCUGCGGGGAGCGCGAUGGCGCCGCCCCCGAGGGCGCUUGCCUCCCCGAUCGGCGUGGGCCGCGCUGCCGCGCAGACGCAGACUGCGCAGGGGUCGGGGGCUGCCUUCGGUGCGCGCGGUCUGGGUUCUGCACCAGCCGUGCCGCUCGCCCUGGCCGCCUGGCAGCAGGGGCCGCGCGCGGGGUUCGCGUGGUGCGGGGCGCUGCUCGCGGCGGCCUGCGCCCUCGCGCUGCGGUGCCGCGGAGUGCCCCCAGCUGGCCCGACCGACGCUGGUCACGCGGAGUACGCCCUGCUGUCGUGAUGCCCCCGGCGCGGGUGCCGCGACCUGGCCAUGGUAGUAGGGUCCGGAGGGGGAGCCCUCGGGGACCCAGGGCCCGUUCCCUCGGCCAUCCCGGCGCGGGGUCGUGGCCAGAAAGCGGCGCGCCGCGCCGCUCAUCGGGCAGCCUCUUCACAGUCCGGUCGACGUCGAUUGAUCCAGCAGUGGCUUAA